GAAAGGGUUCAGCCAUAUGCGGAAAAUGCAUCUGUAAAAUAAAAAUCAAAAAAUAUUUCAAGUCCAGUUAUGUCAGCUCAAUAUCGCAAAUUUCUCAAUUUAUUAGAGAAGUGGCCCGUGGACAAAUCGAGACCUGGCAGGGACCUAGGUGAAUAUUUACGAGCUCAGUUGAAGUCAAUUUUAGGACAACCAAACAUCGUCCGUGUCAACGAGAAGAAACUCGAUCGACAAGUGCUCGCAUUGGAGCGUCUCACAAAUAACGAAAUACAGAAAAAAUACCCGAGAAGACUCGAAAGUACAGCUUCUGGCCUUACGGGAGAACAGUGUCGACAAGUUCUAUCGCAAGAGUUCCUUGACCACUUGAAUCGCGAAGAAGAACCCGGUUUGUUCACCAAGUUAUUCAGGAAAAGGAGCGACUAA